AUGAAGAAGGUGAACAGGAGGACAGAGACAUUGAACUUGAAGGAGAUACUCAAGAUGCAGACACCCAAGAAGAGGGUCAGAACAUCAAAGAAGGAUGACAGUGCAUCGAAUGCAUCAGACGAGACAGCAACAGAUGACACAACCACCGACACGACUACCACUCACACAACACCCAAUGGCGUGGCAUACCCUGUCACACCGGACAAGUCAGACGCAUCUGAGGAGCACGAGAUGUUUAGCGACAGAACUGAGCCGUUGGCAAUGUCACCUGUCUCCACGCCAAUCGUGUCGAGGAAGAUGCGCAAGCCAGACACUCCACAUCCAGAUGCUAUCAAGAGGUCAAAGAGUGCCAAUGCCAGCAUCAACAACAGCAAUGAUAUCGUGAUACCAAUCGCAGACUUCAAGAUGCCACUCCCCAAACCAAAGAGCAAAGUCACAGCAGCAACAACGAGGAUUGAGUCGAUCAUCCAAGAGGAGAAUGAGAAUGAACAGGAUAUAGUGCCACCAAAGAAGGUACAGACUACUCCAGCAAAGUUGACUACCAAGUCAAAGAAGACUCCAGCCAAGCAACAAGUUGCUGCUGCUGUGGAGCAGGGAGAGGAGGAUACUACUACACAGGCGACUGUUGUGGCACAGGUUGUGACACCAGUCAAGUCCAAGACCCCAGCCAAGUCAAAGACACCGGCCAAAGCCAAUACUCCAGCUAAACAGCCAACCGAGGUUGAGCAGACAUCAGUCGAGGAGGUUGCCAAACCAAAGGUUGUGACACCAGCCAAGUCAAAGACACCAGCCAAGGCCAAGACUCCAGCAAAGCAGUCCACUACCACCGAGCCUGCCACCACUACCACCGAAGAGGAGCCAGCCCAGCAAACGCCAGUUGCCAACAAAACAAAGAAGACUCUUGCCAAGUCCAAGACCCCCGCCAAGCAGCCCGAGCCAGUUGAGGAGACAGUCGUGCCAGUCGCACCAGCCACACCACAGCCACAGACCCCACAACCUCAACAAACAAAGACAAAGACACAGACACCGGCCAAGUCAAAGACUCCAGCAAAGCAGCCAGUCGAGGUUGCAGCAGCUGUUGUUGAGGAGCCAGUCGCGCCAGUCACUGCACAGCCACAGACCCCGCAACCAAAACAAACAAAGACAAAGACACAGACACCGGCCAAGUCCAAGACUCCAGCCAAAUCACAGGUGACCGCUGAUGUCGAGAUGGAAGAACCUACCACACAGAAUGGCAACAACCUGGAACAGACGCAACAAGAUAAUGAUAUGGUGGUCGACAAGGCUACCAAGACACCUGUAUCCAAAUCCAAGCAAGCAGCAAUCUCAACUCCAAAGACAAAAUCGACACCAGCAACACCAGCAGCAUCAGCUACAAAGUCAGCGACCAAAGCGACAGCCACAACAUCAACAACAACAAAUACACCAGCCAAACCAACAAACAAGACUCCAGCCAAAUCAAAGACUCCAGCCAAAGACACGACAAUGGCUACUGAGGAGGAGGACAAGUCAUCAGAAGAUGUUGUGAGUAAAUCAACAACAACGACGACGACCACGACAAAGAAGAGGAAGUCAGAGGACAUCGAUUCAACAUUGCACACCAAGCGCAACAACACCAACAACACCAACAACACAAACAACAAAAACACCAACAAGAAGUCAACUGAUGAUGGUCAGCUGUUACCAUCAAUGCCAUCGCUCAAUGCCGAUAUUCUGAAACAAGCUGCAAGCAUGACGAACGAGAUAAAGUCAAACAAGGCGAAAGUAGAAGAAGAGAAGAAGAGAAGACAAGAGGAUGCGCAACUGAAAGAGAGAAAGGAUAAGAUCAAGAGGAUCAAGGAGGAGAGACGAAAGGAAUCCAAUCCAAAGCACAUCAUUCCAGUGUCACUGGAGCGCGUGGACGAAUUGCGCUUUAUGUCGAAGGAGGCGGACAAACAACGAAAGCAUACCGAGCAGGAGGAGCUGAGCAAGAAGAACUCGGCCAAGCUGAACGCCAAGGCCACCCUGAGGAACAAGAUCAACGCCCUGCGACCCGGCAGUCGCAUGACCGUCAGUCAGACCGUGGCCAUGAAUGCUCACAAGUUCUAA